CCUUUACGUUGAGGCGUAAUCCUUUGAAGUUCCAAACAGUUAGAAUUUUGACACAUUAAAAUGUGAAAUACUAAAUUAAAGAGAAUAAAAUCACUUGACAUACGGAAGUUAUCUAAUUUAAUUAUAUAAUCAGCUUUAAAAGUGAACCUGUCAAUGGUUUUCCCCUCGCGGUUUUGUUGCGCGUGCGUUCUGUUUUGACUGUCAGAAACGGGCUCGCGGACUUGGCCGGACAGUCCGGUAUCGAAACAGAAAGGGACUGCUCACCAUGGCGGAGGGCAGGUCUGAACAGGUGAGGGUGUGAUCCCUCUGUGCUUGAUCCACUCCGAAGCUGACAGCCGGGAGGAUCGAGGAGGAAUGGCUGGAAACUUUGACCUGAACCAGCCUCUCGUGGGGGCCGGACUGGAGAGCCCAGCAGAUGAAGAAGGUGUCCAUGUCAGCUUCAACCAGCUGAUCGCAGAACAGUGUCAGGCGGGAGAACGUCUUGAUGGAUUUGAGCUGCAGCAGCUGGACGAGGAGAGCAGAGAUUAUGUGGCCGAGUUGGGGUCUGGAUUUGAGUCUUCGGGGCGGGGUCUUUACGACAUUGAAUCGGACGACGAUGGACGACAAACUGACCCACUGGUCAGUGUACCCUGGUCCUCUGCCACGAUGAAGAUCCUGUCCUCCAUGCCCAGCCGCACCAUUGGCCGCAGCAGGGGGGCCAUCCUCUCUCAGUACUACAACAAGACCCUGCAGCUCCGGAGACGCAGUCAGAGCCGGCCGUCCAUCCGAGACUUCUCCCACUCCUCCCGGCCGAGCAUCCGAGGAUAUGGCAUGGAGGUGGACGUGAUUGACGGACCCCAGUCUGAGAUGGAGAAGAGUGAGCGCUUGGUGAACAACCUGCAGAACCUCUCAAUGGGAGACCGAAUGAAGAUGCUGCGAGGGAUGCCUUUGAGCGUGGUUGAGAAAAAAGAGCUGAGGAGGAAAACAUUACAAAGGGACAAGCCCCUCACCUCCAGCAGUAAGAUUCCUUGUUGCAGUCAGCUCAAGUAUUACAUCAUCAUAGCGGUGAGGCACAGCUGGUACAGCUGGCUGUCCUUCUUGCACUCCCUCCAGCUGUGGCAGUUUCUCCUCAAGAGAGUUGGAGGUCGCUUUGGAACCGGAGUGCUUUCCUACUUCUUGUUCCUGAAGACCCUCCUCUUCUUCAACGUUUUCCUGUUCCUGGUCACGUUCCUGUUCCUGGUGCUCCCCCAGGCGAUGCACCCUCCAGAGCUGCCUGAGGAGCGGCGGAACUUCACUGGGCUGGACCUCAUCAGUGGAGCGGGGCACUUCACUGACACGCUGAUGUACUAUGGAUACUACAGCAACUUCACUCUGCGGAGGAGCUGUGCUGGACAGCACAACACCUCCGCCUCCAGCGCCCCUGACUGUUUGUCCAAGCGCCUCUCUUACAACAUGUCACUUGCCUAUUUCUUCACCAUCGGGAUGUCGUUCUUCAUAACCUGCAUCAUCCUCGUGUACAGCAUGUCCAAGUCGUUCGGUCGCAGUUUUCGAAUCGACAAAUCGUAUAGCAUCUUGGCCAUGAAGGUCUUCAGCUCGUGGGACUUUAAGGUCAUCAAGAAGAGCUCUGUGGAGCUCAUGUCUGAAAACAACUGCACACAGCUGAAGGAGAUACUGGCUGAGGUGGUUCAGAAGAAGGAGAAGACCGGCCCGUGUCAGGCUCUGUGGCGGCUGAUGGUUCAUGGACUGGCGUGGGCCAUCUGCAUUGGAGCCACUGCUGGCUGCGUGAUCAGCGUUUACUUCUUCUCUGAAUUCAUGCACAAGGAUCUGCAGCGAACUGCUCGUCUGGCCAACACCAACCCUUUACUGAAGGAAGCCAGUCUGCUGGCCCUCCCCGCCCUGGUGUCCCUCCUCAACCUGCUGCUUCCGGGCCUCUUCAACCUGGCCGCCUGGAUGGAGGAGUACCACUCUCCGUCCGUGCGCACAUACGUGGCUCUGGGACGAAACUUGAUGCUGAAAGUGAGUGUGCUCGCAGUCCUCUGUUAUCACUGGCUCGGGCGGGUGGCAGCCAAACCCAGCGACAUUAACCUCGUGUGCUGGGAGACGUUUGUGGGUCAGGAACUGUACCGCUUCCUCAUCAUGGACUUUAUCUUCACGCUUCUGAACACGCUGUUUGGAGAGCUGCUCUGGAGGUUGUUUUCUCAGAGAGUUCUGGGGAGGGGCAGAAAGCCGGCGUUCGAUAUCGCCCGGAAUGUUCUGGACCUGAUCUACGCACAGACGCUGGCCUGGAUCGGCGUCCUCUUCAGCCCGCUGCUGCCGGCUGUGCAGAUCCUCAAGCUGCUGCUGCUCUUCUACGUCAAAGUGAGCAGUGUGAUGAUGAACUGUCAGGCCCCCCGGAAGCCCUACAGGGUCAGCCAGAUGACCACCAUCUUCAUCACCCUCCUCUGCUUCCCCUCCUUCCUGGGUGCAUCUGUGUGUGUCACCUACACCAUGUGGAGUAUUCCGCCCUCCACCUCCUGCGGCCCGUUCCGGCACCUCGGGACCAUGUUCCAGGCUGGGAAACGCUGGGUCCAGGAGCUGGAGAAGAAUAACCCCGACUUGUCUGUGGUCGCCAAGGUGCACGCCUACCUGGUGGAAAACCCGUUUUUUCUCUUCGUCGGAGCCGGCAUCUUCCUGAUUGUGAUCUACUUCUACAGUCAAGUGGUGGACGGCCAGAGGAAGGUCAUCGCUUUGCUGCAGGAGCAUAUAGAGAAGGAGGGAGUGGAUAAAAAGUACUUGAUCACUCAACUUCAGUCUGUGCAUGAGAGGAAAAAGGGAAUCUCCAGAAGACUCAGGAGUCAGGACUCUGGCUGUUGAAGCUGCUGCUCCUGCAGGAGAGCGUUCUCCACUGAGGAGCCUGGCAGCCGCUGGAUGAAGCUCUGCAGGAUUCUUCUUCACACAUCAUCCUACAGAUUAUUGGAGCGCUGGUGUUUCUGAAGAGACAGAAUGAGGGACCAGCGGCCUCCAUGUGAAUCAUCUCAUCCACUGUGAAUAAAUGUUUUUUUCUGUUAUAGGAAAAAUACUUUAUUGUUAAAACUUUCUGGGAAAAAAAAUGUUUUUGAUAAAAAGCUUUUUAGAUCUGUGUUUUCCAUUUGUUUUUUUGUUUGUUUUGUUUUGUUUUUUUAGCCAUGCAACAAGAUCAUAUUAUAAAAGCUGCAUAUAAUGGUUUCUCAGCUUUUGUAAUAAAUAUGUAACUGAAACGUGAGUGUUUAUUGUUGAGAUUCAGGUGAAUUCAGAUGAACAGGACAUUAAAGGUUUUUAAAAAAC